AGACGAGGUCUGGUAUCGGUCGGUACCUUUAGCUAGGUAGGAAUAAAUAAUAAGAGAGCUUUGUUGGGGCGGGAACCUUUUUCUUCUCCCCGUCACCCCCCGCCUCUCAGUCUCUUCUUUCUCUCCUCCUCUGUAAACUUUCUUCCUCUUCCUCUCGAGUGAAUCCUGCUUUGGCAAUCGCAUCUUCUGCAUACGUUAGUGACAAUGGCGACUCGACAGCGAACUGCCACCACUGUUGUGGUCGAGGACCUUCCCAAGGUCACUCUUGAGGCCAAGUCUGAACCUGUGUUCCCCGAUAUCAAGACCAUCAAGGAUGCCAUUCCCGCGCACUGCUUCCAGCCCUCGCUCGUCACCUCAUUCUACUACGUCUUCCGCGAUUUUGCCAUGGUCUCUGCCCUCGUCUGGGCUGCUCUCACCUACAUCCCCAGCAUCCCCGACCAGACCCUCCGCGUCGCAGCUUGGAUGGUCUACGGCUUCGUCCAGGGUCUGUUCUGCACCGGUGUCUGGAUUCUCGGCCAUGAGUGCGGCCACGGUGCUUUCUCUCUCCACGGAAAGGUCAACAAUGUGACCGGCUGGUUCCUCCACUCGUUCCUCCUCGUCCCCUACUUCAGCUGGAAGUACUCUCACCACCGCCACCACCGCUUCACCGGCCACAUGGAUCUCGACAUGGCUUUCGUCCCCAAGACUGAGCCCAAGCCCUCCAAGUCGCUCAUGAUUGCUGGCAUUGACGUCGCCGAGCUUGUUGAGGACACCCCCGCUGCUCAGAUGGUCAAGCUCAUCUUCCACCAGCUUUUCGGAUGGCAGGCGUACCUCUUCUUCAACGCUAGCUCUGGCAAGGGCAGCAAGCAGUGGGAGCCCAAGACUGGCCUCUCCAAGUGGUUCCGAGUCAGUCACUUCGAGCCUACCAGCGCUGUCUUCCGCCCCAACGAGGCCAUCUUCAUCCUCAUCUCCGAUAUCGGUCUUGCUCUAAUGGGAACUGCUCUGUACUUUGCUUCCAAGCAAGUUGGUGUUUCGACCAUUCUCUUCCUCUACCUUGUUCCCUACCUGUGGGUUCACCACUGGCUCGGUAAGUUUGAGAUCAGUCGGAUCGAUCGACUUUUUGCUAAUUGAUUAGUUGCCAUUACCUACCUCCACCACCACCACACCGAGCUCCCUCACUACACCGCUGAGGGCUGGACCUACGUCAAGGGAGCUCUCGCCACUGUCGACCGUGAGUUUGGCUUCAUCGGAAAGCACCUCUUCCACGGUAUCAUUGAGAAGCACGUUGUUCACCAUCUCUUCCCUAAGAUCCCCUUCUACAAGGCUGACGAGGCCACCGAGGCCAUCAAGCCCGUCAUUGGCGACCACUACUGCCACGACGACCGAAGCUUCCUGGGCCAGCUGUGGACCAUCUUCGGCACGCUCAAGUACGUCGAGCACGACCCUGCCCGACCCGGUGCCAUGCGAUGGAACAAGGACUAGACUAGAGCUCCGGGUCUGGUACUCGCACUCGUACUGGUCUGCGCUAGGUUAUGAUAGACAAUUGUGAUAGACAUAAACGAUAGAUCAAGUUAGACACGACACGCGACAUACGCGAUUAGAAAGAAACUAGACAAGCUAGAGCACUUGGCUUUCGCGCUUGGGACGCAAUAAAACGGAGUUUGUUUGUUAAACUGGAGAUUGAAGGGGGAUUUGUUGAGUGAGGCACAGUACAGCCAGAGUGAGAUCCAUGAUUCAAUCUAUCCCCCGCACCAUUGUCGCCUCCGGGGG